AUGUAUACAAUAGUAUGGAAUAGUAUAGGAUAGUAUAUAUAUAUACACAAAUGUAUUUAUAUAUAUACCAUUGUUUUAAAAAUGGCUGCCGUACAUCGAGAAGCUAUUCAAAAACAAAUUCAACAAGAUUGGGCAAAUCGAGAAUAUAUAGAAGUUAUAACUGGUAGCAUAAAAAAGAUAACUGACUUUCUUAACUCCUUUGAUAUGUCCUGUAGAUCAAGGAUAGCUGUCCUCAACGAGAAACUUACAACACUCGAAAGAAGGAUUGAAUACCUUGAAGCAUGCGUAACAAAAGGGGAAACAUUAACAUAAAUUAUUGUUAAACCUGCUUUUAGAAAUUGUAAUUUUUUGUAUAAGAUUAUAAAUGAAUAAAUAUAUAUGUGUAUAUAUAAUAAAAAAAA